UUCAAUAUUUGUUUUUUUUUGUUUUUUUUUUUCGUCGUUUACUCCCGGUCUUGCAUGCUUGUUUGUUGCGCAGGAAUUUGUUUCGUAGAUUCAUUUAUUUUUGUUUCUUUUCGUUUUCGCAACGACUGAAGGGCAUUUCUGCUGCACCACACAUGUAUCGCCUGUACCUAACUUCGUCAUGGCUGGAAUUUGAUGUGUAAUUGAAGCAUGAUGUCUAGAUGAAUGAGUUUUAGCGAGUUGCGGUGGUAGUGUGGUGGAGUUGAUCAUUUGUGGUGACGAAGGGGAGUUUUUGAGUUGCAAUUUGUGGUAGAGGGCGGAAGCGACUGUUGGAGGAAGUUUUUUUUUUCGACUUAUUUAUGGAGGAGUGGGGCUGUAUUGCCUCUCUAAUUCUGACGUUGUCGGUGGAAUUGCAACGUUGGUUGGUGGAUUCGUAGAGUGUGAGGGAGGAUUUGUAGCGGUCAAGUGGAUCUAUUUUAGGAAUUCAAUUAGUUUGUGAGUUUUUUUGAUGAGUGUAUGUAGCUUUUGUUUGAGAGCAAUGGCGUAUAUGGAGACUGUGAGGAGUUUGAGAAUCGCAAUACUUGUGAUGACGGUGAUUCUUGUAGUGGAACCGGCUCUUGGAAGCUUUAUGGUGGAAAAGAACAGCUUAACUGUGAUAACUCCUAAGAGCUUGAAGGGGACGUAUCAAAGCGCUAUUGGUAAUUUUGGAGUUCCUCAGUAUGGUGGCACGCUGUCAGGUGUGAUUGUGUAUUCGACGGUGAACUUGAAAGGCUGUGACAAAUUCCCUGAUGACUAUUUUCGAUCGAAACCUGGUGCCUGGCCCAACUUCGCCCUCAUCGAUCGUGGUGAUUGUUACUUUUCAACAAAGGUUUGGAAUGCGCAACAAGCUGGCGCAGCAGCGGUGCUCGUGGCAGACGACAAGCAUGAGGACCUGAUAACCAUGGACUCACCGGAGGAAGAUCCCUCGGCAUCACAGUACCUACAAAAGAUUUCCAUUCCAUCUGCGCUUAUUGAAAAGAAAUUUGGGGAUAGUUUGAAGAAGGCUCUUAGCGACAAGGAAUUCAUCUCUAUGAAACUCGACUGGCGAGAGUCACUUCCACAUCCCGACGACCGCGUGGAGUAUGAGUUUUGGACCAAUAGUAACGACGAGUGCGGCCCUAAAUGUGACGCUCAAGUUGAAUUUGUCCGGAACUUCAAAGGCGUCGCUCAAAUUCUGGAGCGAGGGGGUUACACUCAAUUCACUCCUCACUACAUUACGUGGUACUGUCCACAGGCGUUCAUUGAGAGCAAGCAGUGCAAGUCACAAUGCAUAAAUAACGGUCGUUACUGUGCUCCGGAUCCCGAGAAAGAUUUUAACAAAGGGUAUGAUGGCAAGCAAGUUGUUACCGAGAAUCUCAGGCAACUUUGCGUUUUCAAGGUUGCAAAUGAAAGCAAUCCCCGCCAGCCAUGGAAAUGGUGGGAUUAUGUCACAGAUUUUCAAAUACGUUGCCGGAUGAAAGAUAACAGAUACGGUCCCGAGUGUGCUGAGGAAGUCAUCAAAUCGCUCAACAUCGAUGUUGACAAGGUGCGCAAGUGCAUGGGCGACCCAAACGCUGAUGCUGACAACGAUCUUUUGAAGCACGAGCAGGAAGCUCAGGUUGGCAGCGGCGUUCGGGGAGAUGUAACCAUAUUGCCGACGCUUGGCAUCAACCAACGACAAUAUCGAGGCAAACUGGACAAGACGGCGGUGUUGAAGGCCAUCUGCUCGGGUUACCAAGAAACCGCGGAUCCGCCUGUAUGCUUGAGCGAUACUGUAGAGACUAAUGAGUGUGUGGAUAAUAACGGUGGUUGCUGGGAGAGAGGUUCCGUAACCGCAUGCAAGGAUACCUUCAGAGGUCGUGUUUGUCAAUGUCCGCUUAUCGAUGGCGUGCAAUUUGAGGGUGACGGCUACACUCAUUGUGAAGCCCAUGGUCCUGAGCGUUGCAAGGUAGAUAAUGGUGGGUGUUGGGAAGAGACACGACUUGGAGUCCAUCAUUCAGCUUGCCAUGGUCAUCAUCAUCAUCACGGCUGUCAUUGUCCAUGGGGUUUUGAGGGAAACGCGUCGAGAGUUGAAGGGGGUUGCGUAGAUGUCGACGAAUGCUCCAGGAAGUUGAAGUGCCAGUGUCCUGAGUGUAAAUGCACCAAUACUUGGGGUUCAUACAAAUGUGAAUGUUCAGGCGAUCUACUGUACUUUCACCAGCAUGAUACAUGUAUAAAUCAAAAGGGUGCACAAUCUGAGACGGCGGGGUGGGUGGUUUCCCUUAUCGUGUUAGCCGGUAUUUCGGUUCUUGGGCUUGGCAGUUACGUUGUCUACAAAUAUCGCCUCCGGACGUACAUGGAUUCAGAGAUUCGAGCGAUUAUGGCCCAGUACAUGCCGUUGGAUAGUCAAAGCGAAAUUCAGAAUCACUCUCGCGAUGAUGUAAUAUAAAAUUGAAGCUGUUAGGCAGUGCGGUUUAACGUGGUUUGUCGUCGAAGUUGUGCGUCAUACCACGGUUUAAUAACGACAACGAAAGAAGGAAACACUUUUACCCUUAUGAAGCAUGGAGCCAGAUGUCACUGAAAUCAACCCAUAGAGUCUGGUGGAAGCAAGUAGAUAUUUAUCAGAAUGUUCAUCUCUGAAUGCUGGAUGGGAGGGUGUAAGUCGACAAUUAGGGGACCGCACGCUUUUUUGGCAUUGUGCCAAGUCAGUUGCAAUCCUGCUGAUUGUGCUGACUUGGGUCUUUGUAAUCCAGACAUGAAUAUCAGUGUUAGUUUGCGAUUGGAAUCUCUCUUCUCACGGA